AUGCAAGCACUGUCUUUCGGACGGGCGCCUGUGCCGUCACCUGCAGUCUUGAGGUUCUUGAGGAUCCAGGCCGAAUGCUUACCAUUUCUCGCAUCUCAUUCGCAAGUUCGACGAAACCAUCACCAUGCGCAGGACACCGUUCGAUUACGCCCUUUAACAAGCACCGAACGUCGAGUCUCUUUGACAUCAGCAGAAAAGCAGACGUCGGCGCUCAAGCAUCGCGACUUCUGGAACAGUGCAGUCAAGUCAAGAUGGCAGAAGCCGUGGCAGGCUCGACAGAAGAAGACGGCCCCGUUACAACCAAACGACCUCCCGCCUCUGCCUAGAUUACUCGAUGAUGCAGGAGCUGCAAGUCUGGGACGUAUCGUCAAGCCGACAAACGAGCUGAGAAUGCGAUGUACCGAGUUCGACGGUGAAGGCAAAGUCACUCUUGUCAAUGGCGCAUUCAAGAAGAGCGAGCUUAUAGCCAAGUGUGGCCUCCUACCUCGUGACCUCCGAAAGAUCGAUUCUGCCUCGUUGCCGCACAUUCUCGUCCGCCCUUCGGCCAUCCUCAUAAAGAUUCUGCACAUAAGCUGCCUCAUCAAUCACAACCGUGUCUUGGUAUUUGAUGCUUACGGAACCACCGACUCGCAUACCCAGUCCAUCUUCAUGUACGAUCUGGAAGGCAAACUUCAGCUACGAGAAGGUCGCUCGGCUGGCUCAUUGCCCUACGAGUUCCGCGCACUCGAAGCUGUCCUGAUAAGCGUGACUUCUGCCCUUGAAGGAGAGUUUGAAGGCGUUCGCGAACCCGUCGUUCAAGUUUUGAGAGAGUUGGAAGAGGAUAUCGACCGCAACAAGCUGCGUCAUCUGCUGAUUUACUCAAAGAAGCUGGGUACUUUCGAGCAAAAGGCGCGCUUAGUCCGUGAUGCUAUCGAUGACCUCCUGGAAGCGGACGAUGAUCUGUCGGACAUGUACCUCACAGAGAAGGCGAACGGUGUAACACGCGAGGAGGACGACCAUACCGAAGUCGAGAUGUUGCUUGAAUCUUACCACAAGGUUUGCGACGAAAUCGUUCAGGCGAGUAGCAAUUUGGUCAGCAACAUUCGCAACACGGAAGAAAUCGUCAAAGCCAUUCUCGAUGCCAACCGUAAUUCUCUCAUGCUUUUGGAUCUGCAAUUCACAAUUUUGGCACUUGGUAUUGGUGUGGGUACCUUCUUCGCCGGUCUCUACGGCAUGAACUUGAAGAACUUCAUCGAAGAGACCGACUUUGGAUUCCCACUGGUCAGUAUAUCCUGCGGCUUCUUCUGCAUGGUCGCCAUUGUCUGGGGUCUCAGGAAGCUUCGCAAGGUGCAGAGACUGAGCAUGUGGGGCGAAAGCGGCAGCCUCUCACCAGAAAACCACGGCCGACGUGGUCGAGGCAGCUGGAGAGAAGUUGAUCCUCAGAAUCAACUGUCUGGCGAGAACAGAGUUGACCGCACAGUCCGUUGGAAGCAGGACCAGCGGAUGAACAAGAUGCAGGAGGGAUCCAACGAGGCACUGUAA